AUGUGGCUAAAGUUUAAUGUAGAGGAGUGGAAGCUGGUGGAGCUUAAGGGCAACAGAAGGACAACAAAAGAAGGAUCCGCUGAUCUGAAAUUCCAGAACUUCGCUCUGCCGAUAAACAGGUCAUCGCCUCACCUGCCUCACCUCAGUGGUAUCCCAGGCCAGUACCAGACUAUUAAAAAGCCUCCCCGGGAUGACGAAAAAGGCUUUGCUGCAGCCCUGGAUGGAGCAAAAGGCCACAGAGAUAACGCCUAUGAAGAUCCCGAGUGUCAGAUGGCAGACACAUGGCCACUGGUGAAAUUUUUACCAGCCAGGCCCAUAAAGGAAUCUGAAUAUGCAGAUACACGCUAUUUUAAGGGUGUGAUGGAUCCUUCCAUUCUGCCAAAUGUCAAGACCUCCAUCCCCACAGAAGGGCAAGCCUGGAACCCAUGGACAAGACUGGAAGAAGUGGACAACCCUGUUUCUAAGGACAUCAGAAGCCAACAUGUCAAAGGAAACAGAGCCAUGAAGGCAAACAAGGCUCCUUUACUGCCUCCUCGGCCCCCUGCCACUCUUCCCAAGAAGUACCAGCCACUGUCCCCUGAGCCGGUGAAUCACAGACCUUGUUCUCAACCACACACCUUUCCUGAAGUCCAAGGAGGGCCCAGACAGAUAAGCCUAAAGGACUUAAGUGAGGUGAGUAGCAAUUUUGUCCUGAAAAACCAAGAAGGCCAUUUUUGUAUAAAUGCCUACAAUGAGCAAAGCUUCUUUUGCUUCAGAUACCUUAUCACAUUUAACAUAAUAUUGGCAAAUCCAAACAAAUUACCCAAACUCUUAUUAUACAACUGCUCUAAAACCAAAUAUAAUGUUAUAUUAAGUUCUCUCUCACCAAGUCAUUCAACUUCUUUUUUGUUUUUAAUACAGGUCCUCAGAGCAGAAAAAGCGUUUCGUCAUCAGGUGACACCUCAAUCAUCUCAGUUGUCACAAAACCAAGCUAUGCAAGAGAUCUCACUUGGAAUUCCCAGCCCUUCAUUCAUGGUGAGCAGCCACAGCGUGCAGAACAGAGAUCCUACAGGGAGCACACAGUCCUCUUCCCCUCAGAGAUGCCAGUCUCCAGCUGGCUACGGCCCCCAUAAAAACAAGCUGCCCUGCGAACCCCCAGGCUGGAGAAGGCCCUGUCCCACGCCACCUGAUCAUAAGGGUAUCCAGCACAGCGAGUGGUACAUUGGACAAUACGGUCGCCGGGUAGUAGAAGAGGCAUUAAUGAAGGAGAAUAAGGACGGUACUUUUUUGGUCCGAGACUGUUCCACGAAAUCCAAGGAGGAGCCCUAUGUUUUGGUGGUAUUUUAUGGGAACAAAGUCUACAACGUGAAAAUCCGCUUCCUGGAGAGGAAUCAGCAGUUUGCCCUGGGGACAGGACUCAGAGGAGAUGAGAGAUUUGAUUCUGUGGAAGACAUCAUCCAGCACUACAAGUCUUUUCCUAUCGUACUAAUUGAUGGGAAAGACAAAACCGGGGAGCACAGGGAACAGUGUUGCCUGACCCAGCCCCUGCCUCUCAACAGGCACUUCUCACCUUGGUAG